GCAUGUACUGACUCGUUUUUCGGAUCUCGAAAUACGGCAUUUUGUCAGAAAUUCGAGGAAUAUUACAAGACCUGCAGAUACUGGGAUGGUGAAAACCAUCAGCUCCGCGAUCCUGGAAGACACGAAACACUUGAUGCGAGCACCUUUACGGAGGAUCGUGCGCGAGGAGGUGGGGGUGGAUCGGGCUUCCGACAACCCUGCAUGGACGGAUGCCGAAGUACGUGAGUGGGCUUUGAAGUUUAAAGGUCUGGUCCUGACUUCUAUCGACCCAAACCAAGGAGACACAGUCGUCAUGUGUCCAAUGCUCUAUCGACAUGGCUUUGGGAAGACCUUUUUUUGGAAUGCUAACUAUGAACGGGUGGGCGAGGUUGAUGCCGAGGGAGAAAUUAUGAAGGCUAACAAGGAGGACUUCUUAGAUAAGAGAUUGCACACAAUCGGAAGCUGGAGACCAGACGGCCGGUUUGGUACAACCUAUGUUAUAGCGAAACAUAAGGAUCUCACUCGAUGGAGACCGAUCACACCAGCACCAGUUGACCCGGCAGCACUCGCACAGCGGCGAGUGGCACGGGCUCUACACUGUCUGUUAGUUAGAUUGCCCAUGAACUGCACCUUUUACCUCAACUCCGUUUCAGAGCUGGCUGAACGUCUGGAUGCUACAACGGUUAAGUUGAGAACAGCCGGGUGCGGCAGCGCCGUCGGGAAAUGUUAUGAUGUGAAGGACAUGUUCUCGCGGAUUCCGCAUUCGGCAGUUCUCGGAGAAGUGAAUUCACUUCUUCAGAGGUACGAGAUCGAAGGGUGCCGACAGGAAGCCCUGAUCCAGGUUCCGGCGCAGAACGAUGAAGAGACGAACGAGAUGAAGGAGUAUUUUAGAAAGAAGAUACGCAAACAGAAGUCGGAAGAGGAAAGGAGGGAGAAGGAACUGGAGGACAGAAGGAAGCAGGAAGAAGAGGUGAGGAAAGAGGCUGAUAGGCUGAGAGAGGCGGAUGAGAGGGAGGCUCGUUUAGAGGCGAGACUAAUCAGGUUUCUAUCACAGCACAACAGGACGAUUAGCAGUUAUCCAAUGCCAAUCAAGAAGAAAUCUCCAACGACAAAAGCGAGGGUGUUGAAAGAAAUCACGAGUUAUCUGGAGGAGUCCGAAGAUGAAAGUGAGGAAGUUAAGCAGGAAGCGGGGAGGCUAAUUGAAGCAAUUGAGAAGAGGAAGGGCAAGAAGAGGAAGGAGAACAAUGAAAUGAGGGUAUCAAGGGCACCGAAGAUCGAGACUCGGCCAGCACCAAUAUUGGUCGAAGAACUAGCUGGCGAACUACGAACGCCUCCGAGUAACCGAGGAGCGAGAGAGAUUUUGGAUUAUGCUUUGGAUUUACAUCGGAAGUUUCCAGCUAAGAAGGUGCCUGAGUUGAGAGAUCUAUGCAACUCGGAAGGCAUCGAAUGGACAAAGAGAGAGACAGCUAUCGGGAAACUGGUGAAGUGCCGGAUGAAGCUGGCAUACGAAAGUGAAGCAGCUCGCCUCUCGCCGUUAGCUGAAAGGUGAGUAAGGAGGUAUGGAUUAUGCGAGGACACUCAAAAAUCUUUUGAUA